AUGGCCUCAAGUCUUGCACCCUUCCUUGUAAAAGGCAAGACUGCGAUUGUCACUGGAGCGGGGUCUGUAGGCAUCAAUCUUUGUUUUGCUUCUCUUUUACUCUCAAGAGGCUGCAAUGUCGUCUUUGCCGACCUUGGCUUGCGUCCGGAGGCCAAAGCCAUAACCGACAAGUAUUCACAGAAAUCUUCAGGUCAACCUCGAGCCUUCUUCCAAAAGACAGAUGUCACAAACUGGAAUCAGCUCUCAAAAAUGUUCAAGGUGGCUCAAGAAGAGUUUGGCGGCACUGAUCUUGUAUGCCCAGGUGCAGGCGUUUUCGAGCCCGGCUGGUCAAACUUCUGGCAUCCUCCUGGCUCUUCGGGAUCCAAGGAUAGUGUUGAGGGAGAUCGCUAUGCAUCCCUCGACAUUAAUCUCACUCAUCCUAUCAGAACUUCCCAGCUGGCCAUCUCAGCAUUUCUGUCACAGCAAUCCAAGGCAACUCCUCAGAAUCCUAAGCGCAUUGUCAUGAUUAGUAGUGUUGCUGGUCAAGGUGCUUCAUUGUUAGUCCCUCUCUAUCACGCAGCCAAACACGGUGUCGUCGCUUUCACGCGCUCUUUGGCCGGCUUGGAUGACAAAUUCGGCAUUCGUGUCAAUGCAUGUUGUCCAGGGAUCAUCAAAACACCUCUUUGGACCGACAACCCGGACAAGAUGAGGUACUUUGAUGAGGAGAAGGAUCUUUGGGCUACGCCAGAGGAGGUUGCGGAGGCAAUGCUGACUCUUGUUGAAGAUGAGGAGAUGGUGGGAGGAACCAUUUUGGAGAUCGGGCAUGAUGUAAAGCGCGUAGUCCCUAUAUUCAAUAACCCAGGGCCGAAGGGUGCUGCCACCUCGAUCUCUGGAAGUGCCGAACUCAUCAACGAAGUUUAUGACACGGUGGCAACAGAAGGUUGGGGCAAGUCUGGUUGA